UCUGUGAGCCCAUCGCAAUUACCUGUUCCUCCAGAACUGAAGCGAGCGCGGGUUGUCGAGCACAUGCCACGUUGGGAGCCCAAACUGAGCUGAACUGCCUCCACCAGCGACCAGGACAAUUUAAAAAUUUAACUCAAGUCAAGUGGGUUUAUUUUUUUUUACUCUUUUUCUUUUUUCCCCAACCUGUGAACAACGACAGAGACGACUCUCGCGAAGAUGCACUUGUUGUCCACCAGCUGCGUGUGCGCUCUGCUCCUGACCGCGCUCCUGUGCCAAGUCGCCGGCCUGGAGACGGUCGUCGGCCUGUAUGGAGAAACGGUCGAGAUCCCCUGCAACAGCGGAGCCGUGAAGGCGGAAGACGCCGGCAUCAUUAAAUGGAAAUACGACAAAGGAGACGGCCUUUCGGGAGACCUGCUGGUAAAGCGGAAAGACCAGGACGUUGUAAUCAGCGCCACUGAUGAAUACAAGAGCCGUGUGAGCAUGGCCGCGAAUUUCAGCCUGCUGCUUUCUGCAGCCAAGCUCACCGACCAGCGGACCUUCACCUGCAUGGUGGUGUCCCAGUUGGACAUCAUAGAAAACCCAGUCAAUGUGGUGAUCUACAAGUCGCCGUCAGAUCUGGAGAUUUCUGACAGCGCAACGGAGCUGGAGAUUGGCAAACUUGCUAAGCUAGGAACAUGUGUAGCGAAAGAUGCCAAUCCAGCCGCCAACAUCACGUGGCUGAAGAACAAUAAACCUCUGGUGGCUGAUGGGCAAGGGAUUUCCAUCCAGUCCUCUGUGCUGGUAGACCCUGUUACCAAACUCUCCACCACCAAAUCCACCCUGGAGUACUCUGCUGAGAAGGAGGACGCGCACGCCCAGUUCACCUGCAGCACUCAGCACACCGUGGGUGCAGAGCUGGUGUCCCCUCCACUGACCUUGACUAUUACCUAUUCGACAGAGAACAUCGUCCUUGAGGUCAGUGCUCAGGACUCUCUCGUAGAGGGUGACAACUUGACUCUACAGUGCGUGGCAGAUGGGAACCCAUCUCCUACCAGCUUUUACUUUCACCUUAAGGGAGAGCUGAUGAAAGUAGAAAACGGAGAUACUUACACCAUCAAAAACAUCUCACGUGACACCUCCGGGGAAUACAAAUGCUCUCUGAUUGAUAACCCGUCAAUGGAAUCAUCCAAGAAGGACGUCACCGUCAACUACCUAGACAUCAAUUUAAGCCCUUCUGGGAACAUCGUCAAGCGUGCCGGUGAUGCCCUGGAUGUAACUCUCAACAUUACUUCUCCCGAAACACCAAAGGUGUCCUGGACAAAGGAUGGCAAGAAAUUGGACAAGCAGCCCGAGUUUACCAAGCUCGUUUUCAUGGACUCUGGCAGCUAUGAGUGCGAGGUGACGCUGGGACCCCUGAACCGGAAAUCUUCUUUUAUGCUUGUUGUCGAAGGUGCUCCCGUCAUCCAGAAGCUGUCCACAGAGCUCAGCAAAGACGGCCAGCAAGUCCUCACUUGCCAGGCUGAAGGUUCCCCAAAGCCGACAGUCUCCUGGAGCAUCAACGGCACCUUGCUCGAUGAGACUCCCUUCGAGAACGGAAAGAUAACACACAGCAUCACAGUGGUGCCCUCCGCCAAUCUAACCGUCUCUUGUACAGUGUCCAAUGAGUUUGGCGUUGAUACCCAAGCUAUAAAUGUGUCAUCUCUAUAUGAGGAGGUGAGAAUGGAUAAACGAGACCCGUCGGACGACGGCGACCAAACCAAGGUAGUGGUUGGAGUUGUAGUCGGCCUCCUCGUUGCCACUCUGGUUCUGGGCCUGGCAUACUGGGUGUACAUGAAGAAAUCCAAACAAGGAAGCUGGAAGACCGGUGAAAAGGAGAACGGGUCUUCUGAGGAGGAGAAAAAACUGGAGGAGAAAGUGGAGGAGAACAGUCAAAAAGCAGAGGUGUAAAGAAACGUUCUUGAAAUGGGGAUGUCAAAGUAAGAACAUGGAACUUUUGCACAUUUCUCUUCACCUCUGUCUUUGGAAAAAAAAGAAAAGAAAAAUCGAGUGUACAUUGGGAUGAAGACAGUUUGGAUUUGGUUUCAGGGAGAAUUUUGCUAAAAAGCAUAUCCAAACUUCCACCACCCCUCAGCCCAUCAACCCUAAAAGAAAGAAAAAAUAAAAACAGAUACUGUAUGUGAUAUACAUAAUUUGUCUGCACUACUGAUACACGUGUAAACUUGUCUACUAUUAGGAUUCAUGUCUGUUAGAAUGGAAUUUGGGAAACCGAGAAAAUGCAGAAAAUUUGUUUGUUUGUUUUUCAGUUUCAUUAGUCGAUGGAAGUAAAGUUACUACUAGACCAGUUGCCUUUGCUGUAAGGAUGUGUAGGCCUGCAUUAGUCCGCGUCUGACCCGAGAGACAUUACCACCGUUGCUUCUUAGUUUCACGCCACCUCAACCUCUGCCUUCAACAUCGGUGUGAUCAAUCCGCUCAUUUGUUUUCAGCUGCAUCAUUCAGGAGUUUAAAAAAGAAAAAGAAACGGAAAAAAAUGUUGAAAUUGAGAGGAAAUUCCAGAAAGGGCUAUGGGUAUAGUGUUAUACUCGGCAUUAGUUGUAGAUGGAAAUAUGAUUUACACGUCAACUUGCAGGAAGUUCUUUGGUGUUACAUGUUUGUUUUUUUCUUUAAUUAAUUGUGAGAAAACUACUCAUUUCGCCUUUUCGUCUUGAUUCAAACGUACUGUACAUUUGAUGUAGCCACUGUACGACACAAGCAGGUAGAUUAUUGGGAGAAUGUAUAGCACAGAUCAGCUAAUUUUUUCUUUUGUUUUACCGGCUGCGCACGUUGCUUUGCGUAAAAAGUUUCAUUUUCAAGCUUCUCUGAAGAAAAAAAGUACUUGAGCCUUGUAGUAACGAAGAGAUGUUUCAGUUUAUCUCUAAAGGCUUCACGUAAGUUCGUAUGCGCUACAUCAGUGUUGAGGUACGAUUGAUUGUUACGUAGCUAUGGCAGAGUUUUGUAACCGAGGCCACCGAGGGUACGGGAUGUUUGUCUCGAGGUGGCCUUUAUCAUAUGUUUGCCUUCUUUUGAAAAUCUACCUGUAACUGCUUCAGUUCGUGAUGUGCACUAGGGUUCAUGUUUCACGUCAUACUUAUGUAGAAUACGACGAAAUACGCGCAGCUGUACACAAUUUUGGUCCUUUAAGAGCGUUCGCUAAAUUUGAAAAUGCAUUAAGACCAGGACGUUGUUGUGAAAAUAUGUAAUUUUUCUUUCUUUUUUUUUUUUUGCUAUUUAUAUUGUUCAAGAUUAAAUAUCCUGGUAGGCAAAAUUCAAUAACCGUCACAUAACUCAUAUCUUGGAUUUGAUAAAUUGCUUGCAAAAAAAAUAAAUAAAAAUAAUUAAGUUCUGAGUCAUCAGUAGUUUGCUCGGCGUCUGGUUGAAUAAUAUAUUCAGCAUGUGAUAAUCUCAGACUUCCAAGCUGCUGUUUGUUGCCUACCUUGUGUGAAAAACCAUCAAAUUGGAAGAAUGACCAAAGAAAGUGAACAUUGCCAUGCAAGUAUUGUAAAUAUCUGAUGUUUGUUUUUGUACUUUUGUUUAAAAUAAAGUGUACAUUUGGAAAAGUUAUGCCCACUGAAUAUUAAUUAUGUUGUCAUGGGUUUCUGAUCAUCUUUUGAAAUAAAGAGCAACGCGGUUGGUUCAGACCUUA